GCUACGAUCAAUAUAACUUUUCGGUGGAUUUCCUUUAUACCUCCAUUCACAAAUGAAUUUAUGAGUGUGUGUACAGUGUUUACAUUUCGGUACAUGUGGAUUAUCGAGAAGGAUCGUAGUUUGCUGUAUUUAUGGGUCUGAUUGGAGGGUUUAAUUGAUUAUUAAUGCCGUGUCUCGGAAUUGGGUAUUUGGGUCGUGACAUUAGUGGCAAUUAAUAAUUAAUUGCUUGGAUUAAGGUAUUGAUGAGUUGAAUUGUCACGAUGGGAAAACGGUAUCAUUGCGAUUAUUGCGACAGAUCCUUCAAGGAUAAUUCGGAAAUCAGGAAAAAACAUUUGAGCAGCUUGCAACAUGCAAAGAAUUAUGCAGAACAUUACCGACAGUUUAAAGAUCCCGAGGAGAUCUUGAGAGAAGAAUCCACGAAAAUACCUUGCAAGAAAACCACUUCAGAGAAUGGCUGUCCAUUCGGGAAUAGCUGCAGAUUUUCUCACUACACUGCACCUAUGAUGUGGGAACUCGAGCGAAUCGUUUGGUUGAAGCAAAGAAAAGAGUCGAAAAAAUUCUCAGCGGACAUUCCAAAUCCUCUGGAAAUCAUCACCGAGUUCUUCCAAAACCCUCUGUCCUCCACCAUCGAGGAAACCACAGAUCGCCCGAUUUGGAACAUUCCUCCGCACCUGAAGACCUAUUCAAAUUUGCCGCCAUCUUUAUGGCCAAUCACACCUGCUAGCGUCACGGACUCGAAUUUCACAAAAUGGGGCUGACAGUCUGCCAGAAACAUCUCCAAGGUAUUGAAAACGAGAGUGCUUCAUUUUUAAAUUAAUUUCUCAAUUAUUUAUUUAUGGAUAAAUAAAAA